ACGCGUCUCUUCGCGGCGAUCAAUACCCGCCGCCGCCGCCCGCCCGCCGACCCACGCCCGCCGCCUUGCGCCUUCGCCCACCGUGCGCGAAACACACGCAACGCGUCUCGCGCACCCACCGCCGUCGCCGCCGGUCGCGCUAAACAUAGAUGAGGUGCAUUGUUGCACUGACUCACACCAGUCCACCGCACGCAUAAGCCAUAACUCGUUGCCAAAUUUUUAAAUUCCGUGCCUUUCAUCCAGUGUCAAUUUGAAUUUAAUAAUCUAUUAAUCUCGGUCUUCCGUUUCCGAAAUCCAAAUUGCACAUUGGCGUAGAAAAAUUAUUAGAUGCAAAGUGGGUGCGGUAUCGAUUGGGGGCGGACCGCGCGCCGAGACUCCGCGGCCGGCUCGCGGCGCCGCAUCGCGCAACAGCUGUGAGCGAGAUCUCUUAUCUUGACCGUGUUGCGUCAUAACAAAUAUUGAUCAGUGUAAAAUGGAUUGUCAGUUGCGAUCGUUCAUUAGUCGGAGACAUUGCGAAUAGGUGUCGCUGUGGGACCGCAGUGUUGAGUGAUAAGUGUCGUGUGCGAGAAGAGGAGUGUUGGGUGGUGUGAGGCGGGCGGAGCCGAUGGUCGCGGCUCGGGCACGUCACGGCGGAGGGCUGUGCGGGCUCGGGCGCGGGGUGCGCGGGCAGCUCGCGCGCCUCGCCGCCGCCCGGCUUCGAUCGCGAGCUCUUCCACGAGCUGAGCUACCUAACCGACGCGGAGCUCAAGGAGUGCCUCGGCGAGUACCCCGACUUCAUCUACCACGUGGCUCGCGACAAGUUCGGCAGGCUCUACUUUCGCGUCGUCCGGAACUUGCUCCUUGAUCGAGUUCUAUGCAGCAACAGGGUGAGCCAAAUGACAAAAACCUACAAUGACAUCGAAGCGGUAACACGGCUCUUAGAAGAAAAAGAGAAGGACUUAGAACUAACUGCCCACAUCGGGAAAGAGUUGCUGGCCACUAUCGGUCAGUUGGAGGCGCGAGUCGCCGAUCUUGAAGGGGAGCUUAAGAGCGCGAGGGACCACAUCACACAGCUCCGACACGAGCUCAACACUAAAUCAGAUUUGCUGCAGGUGCUAACAAAUGACACAGAGGAGGGCGCCACGUCACCAACGGAGCAGGAAGCGGCCCACGCGGCCGCCCUGCGCAAGCGCACCGGCGCGCUGGAGCGCGAGAACCGCGCGCUGCGCGAGGAGGCCGCGCGCCUCGCCGCCGGCGCCGACAGCGCCGAGCUGGCCGAGCAGCAGCUGCUGCGGGAUAUCGCUCACCAGCUCACAAGCGCAAACUCCGAAGCUACCGUCCUCAGCUCGGAGUUGGCGGACGAGCGACAGCGCUCCGCGGAUCUUCAGCACCAGUUCGACAGCGCUAACGCAAGGCUCGUGGCCACCGAGAGAAAUUUGCAAAAGCUAACAGCAGAACACGAACAUACGCUGCGGAUUCUUGAAAUAACAAAAGAAAAUCAAAAUGCCCUUGCAUCGGAGUUGGCUGACACGAAGGAGCGAUAUGCAGAAGUGGCAGCACACUUGUCCGAGGCUCAAGAGCAGCUUCGACAGCUCCGCAAGCGAGGGGAGCCGGUGCGGGGACUCAUGCCGAGCGUGGCCGCGGCGGCAGGCUUGCUGCCCGCCAGCCUGCACCGCGAGAUGCACUCGUCCGUCUACUCCGAGCUGAGUCUCGACUCGGGUAUUGGAGACCCGAUGGCACACUCAAGUAUGGCGAAAGUGUUCGAGACGGUGCAAUGUGCGUCGCGGUGGUCUGGCGGUUCAAUAGCGGGCUCUGACACUGCGGACGCACCCAUGACACUCAGCGCCUCGUCGUUGCAUAAGCCGCCGCCCAAGCCGCCCAGCGACUCGAUGUUCGAUGAGUCUUCGGAUACUGACUCGGACGAUCUAUACCCCGGCGGCACAGGAGUGGGAGUGCCGGGCGCACCAGGUGCGGCGGAGUUAGCGGCGGCGCUGCGACGACUCACGCCUCAAGAGAUCAAUUCCCGUCGGGCCUCACUAGCCGCCUCGCACAUCUUGAGGCAUCGCAGGCAUACAGAUCGAGAUUCGAGCGAAGAGAGUGCGGUAUGGGGCGCAGGCGCGGCCGGCGGACUGGCGAGGUUUAGGCCUCCUCACAAACUGCAGAUUGUCAAACCGAUGGAAGGCUCGCUGACUCUUCACACGUGGGCGCAACUGGCGAAGCCUACUAUGUCAGGUCUUUUGGAGGAGCAGGAAGGCGUAGGCGUUCGCGGGUCGAGGUCGGCUGCAGCGCUAGGCCUCCGAAUGUACCGGCUAUCGGACGUUGAGGAGGACGAUGAUAUGCCAAGACUACCGCAUUCGAGUCACAUCUACACGUUUACAAACAGUACUGUGCUGCAUCCCAACGACGGCAGCCUGGCCAGCUCGAGCGUGAGCAGCGUGUGCAGCAGCGGCAUGAGCAGCCUGGCCAGCAGCGUGCUCGGCAGCGCCUGGAGCUCGCGCCUCACCUCGCGCAGAUCAUCCGCCGCCGUCUCCCCCGUCCUCUCUCGGCGCGAGUCGUUCUGCGCGCCGCCACCCCCCCGCGCGCACUUCACCCCCACCGCGACGCCGGCCAACAGCCCGCUGCUCGGCUCGCCGGAGUCGUCGCCGCCGCCCACGCCGCGGCCCGGCGACGCGCCGCCGUCGCUCCAUGCGCUAAUAGCCAGCGGCACUUCCAUACUGAGGCGCAGGUACCUUGGGGGCACCUCGCCCGCGUCGGACGGAUCGCCCGCGCCGCUGGCGUUGCAGACGCCCGGCUCUCUGUACACAGGUCUCGUCCAUCGCAGUCCAAUGGAGCAGCUGACGUGUCUCAAACGGACGCUGCGGUCACCAGCGGAGCGUCCGCCCGAAGAGCGGGAGGCCGAGGCGCCCAUGGGAGUCCCCGCGCACCCGGGCGAGGGAGCCCUAGAGGCCACGCCGAGCACCUCCCGCAGGCCGGCGCGGGGGCGCGCGCCCCGGCCCCGCGCCGACCUCGGCACGGUCGACGCGCCGCCCCCCGCGAGCCCCGCCGCCAGAUCAUCCCCCCUAGGGACGCUCAGCCUUCUUUUCGGACGGAAAGGGGGCCUUCUGUAGAAGCGAUCGAUCGCUCGACGCCCGAUCUGCGCGGCGGGAGUUCAAAAAUGUGAUUGUGGUAGCGCGUCCACUGAGCUUUUGUUUUUCAACGCGAUCCCGUGUUUCGGUUUCGCCGUCCACGGCCCGGGCCGCGGGCUAUUCCCGCGGGCACCGUCGCCCACGCUCAGGCCUCUUUCCGAUGAGAAAGGUAAGGAGCGACUUGAAGUAGUUGAGUUGGGAUCGACGGGUCGACGCGUCCUCGCGGCGGUCGUCUGGGCCGAUGGAAUUUUUCUACGGUACCUUUUAUUUUUAUUUUUUGACGCAAAAGCGUCCAUUAGCUGAUGUUUUUUUUUACGUUUUGAGUAGAUUUACAAAUUGUGAUUAUGUGAUUUUAUUAUUACCUUUUGACUCUUUUAUUUUUGGUAGCUAAUUUUUUCGCCUCUCAGUAAUUGCUCACAUGCAUUUAAACGACUGACCGCCGGAUAUAGAAUAUCCGAUUUGAAGGGGCGACUCAGUUCAUUGGGCAUUUUAAUUAAUCUCUCUCAAACAUUCCUACAAAAGAGCUCAAUGGUUACUAAUCACUAAUGCGGUUGAUGCGAAGACUUUCAAUAACUACGUUUUCAAUCGUGCCCUGAGAGAUGUGUCGCGUGGACCAAGCGCUCACCUAAUUUGCAAUUUAUUUACAUAUUAUUAUUUUCUAUGCUGAAAACCACUAUGUAAAUGGUUUCGAUUGUACGAUUUGUUUGAUACUUAAUUUACGACUCGAUUGAUUUUUGAGAUGGAGAGUCCUUGUUGCUUAACAGCCUGUAGUAUUAUAAUUUUCGAAGGGUUGUAAUUAUUAUUACUUAGUUAAAUAGUGAGACUUAACAAAUAGGUUUUGUAGACGCUUUUAAACGAACUUUAUUAAAUCAUCGGUAUCAAAAUUCUCAUCAUAUGUUAUCAAUCAAGCUUAUGAUUAUGUUGUUUAGUGAUUAAUAAAUCGUGUAUUCAUUGUAAAUAAUCAAUUUUCCAUUAAUUUAGAAGAGUACAAAUUAUUUAUGUUUAAUCGAAAGGUUACAUUGUAGUGACAAACAGUCGAUUGUUAUUUUCAAUACGUAUUGAUAGAUAAUUGUUCAAGUUUGCCAGAUAAACUAUCAUUUGCAUAAAGUUGAUGUAAAUAAUACAUUUGUAGCAGGGAUAUUAAUUUCAAAAUAGGUUUCUUGAUUUGUUAUUUGUAUAAAUUUCGGUAAAUAUUGUUACUAACUAACGUAGGGUCUGAGUAACAUAAAAGGUGCAUGCCAUAGAUUAAGUAGUACGGAGCAAAAUAUUCCAAAAUUCAUAAUAGUUUUGUGAAGGAAAAAGGUCAAUAAGAAAGCCAAGGAACCGGAUUCUAGCAAUCAAUUUAAUCAUUAAUUUAUUCAAUUUAUAAUAGGUUAUUGAAAUUGGUGCUAGAUAGUUAUUAUGCCAGUGAUGUUUAUUUCGGGAGUGUGAUUUUUUUAUCACACUGUUGUAUUGUAUUAUUUUCAUGCUGUAGUUAUACUUCUAAGGCUUUACCGCAAGUUUGGUACACAUUACUAACUGUAUUUUAAUUGCAGCUUUAAUUCUGCCAAAAAUGUCAUUGGUAAUUUCCUCUUUAUGGUUUUCUUAUGUUUGUAAUCUAUGGUUUACUAAUCUAAUCGGUGAUAAUAAAAUAAUGGAUGUGCAAGCUCCCGGUAAAGCUUCAAUUUUGUUUCGUCCAAUUGAAUUGAAUUUGUUCAGAUACUUGAUAGUAGCGUAUUGUAGUCAAAUUGCGAGGCUGUGAGGCGAUCUAUUGCGUGUUGAAGAGGCGUUUGCCUGAAUUUACCCAUCAUCACAGUGUAGGCACAAAUGGUAUAGUCAUAAGGGCAACUUGUUGAGAAUUGACGAUUACAACAAAAUGAUAAUGAUUGUAUUAUAACAGAAAUAUAAUUUAUUUGAACAAU